UGUGUGUAUGUAAACAAAAGAGAACGCAACAAUAAAAUAAAAUAAUAAGAGCAAACAGGACACACAAGUAAAAGAAGCGGGAAUAAAUUUCACAAUUGCAGCAAUUGUAAAAAGGCUUAACCAAAAGAAAACAGCCUCACCAUUGAUCAAUUUCUGCAACUGCAAGAGCGGAUACGUAACUUUGAGGGCAUGCUUGGCGGCAGCAGCGGAGAGCGUUUAUGCACGCCAAGCACAUCGGCUGGUCCCUUCCGCAUCUUCUCAGUGGCCGGCUUUCAAAAUCGCACCAAUGACAUUGUCUACUGUCCGCCCAUUGUGCGGCAACCUUCACAAAAUGUCGAAGACUCUCGCGCCAUCAUCUACUUCGGCGGCGACGUGCAAGACUUUCCGGAGAGCAUGGAAACAAAUCGCGACAGUCGCGGCUAUAUGAAAUACAAUCUGGAAAACUCUGCAAUUCUGCUGCGUGAGGCAUUUCCACGCUCACACAUCAUAGUCAUUCGACCAGUGCGCAUGGAAUUCAAGACCUUUAGCUGCUUUGAUAACUUUGUGCGUGGCAACAAUGCAGGCGUGCCCGAUCAUACGCCCAUGAAUCAUGCGCUGCAGCAUUUGGAAAAACUGCUACAGAAUUUGUCGCAACGCUUGGUCUCCAUACCCGAGAAUGAAAUACUUGAUCAGGCUGCGCAGGCAGCAGCAGCCGCUGCUGCUGUCGCUGCUGCCGCCGCAGCUGCUGCAUUAACACUCUCCAGCGCCGGUGUUGAGACCAAUAACUCAGCUGGCAAUAACUCAGUCGACAAUAGUCAAGACAUGGAUAUAGACAUACUGCAGGUGCAGGAUACCGUUACGGUCGAUAGCGAUGGUGGCGUUAUAUUCCCUAUUGUCAGCCCCGAGAUCACAGAAACAGAAGCUAUAAUCACCAACGAGGCAAUUGAUGAAGAGAUCGACAUCAUAAGCAAAGUUAUAAAUUCCAACAGUAAUCAGGAUGCAAAUCACGUGCCGCUAGAUUCGGACUCAAAAGCCACUACGGACAACAAUGUGGAACAUUUCAACAAUAUCGGCAACAACAGCAACUGCAAUCCAGCACAAACAUUGUUUGGCACACAACAUGCCAUGUUGCAGCCACAAUCUCUGCGCUCUGGCGUUGCUGCUGGCUCCUGCACCGACACCAAUCCAUUGUGGUGGCGUGAGAAUCUCAAUUUGGACAAGUCCAAGCUGGUGCUCAUUGGCUUUAGCAAGGGCUGCGUCGUGCUCAAUCAAUUCAUCUACGAGUUUCACUAUUUGAAAACUCUAACGCCGGAUGAUAGCAGCAUGUUGCGACUCUUGUCGCGCAUCACAGACAUGUACUGGCUGGAUGGCGGGCACGGUGGCCAAAAGAACACCUGGAUUACAUCACGUAGUCUCCUGGAGACACUAACACGCAUGGGCAUGAACAUACACGUUCAUUUAACGCCGUAUCAGGUGCAGGAUGAUCGACGCCCUUGGAUACGCAAGGAGGAGAAACUAUUUACGGAGAUGUUGCGUCGUUUAAAUGCGCCCAUCACAAGACAUUUGCAUUAUGACAGCCAGCCGGCCAAUCUGAUGACACACUUUGAAGUGUUGCAAGCAUUUUGCCAGCAUGUGCAUAACCAGCAGCAACAGCUGCUGCAGCAGGGCGGCAACGGUGAGCAAGCAGUUGUGGCUACCAACAACGGUGCUGGCGGUAGUGCCAAUAGUUUACAGGAUGCUAGUGAGGAGACAAAGUGACAGAUUAGCAGCUUGCAU